AUAUACGUGUAGGUAUCUUUGUAUCCUGUCCAUUACGUGGAGAGACCCGUUGUUGAACCCAUACAAUCUCGAAGAUGUCUCUGAAUGUUGAGGUCGGUGGGACGUCCGUGUCCCCGCUGCCUGCACUUGACAGCAUAGACACCGGGUCGAGUCGUAACAUCAACAUGAAGCAGUUCCUGUGUGUCAAGCACGCGCUGCCCAAGACGAGGGUGACCAACACCAUACUGUACGAGAACUCGAGUCAGAGCAGACAUCUCGAAAUGAAGGUAACGGAAUCAAAACCUCCUUCUUUUCAUAAGUCGAUGGCAAAUUAAAAUAUUUAACUUCAACUUUGGCUGGCAGACAGUUGUGAAAUAAAUCAUAUAUGACCUGUUGUUUGGUUGUUUUUUUUUGUGAGUCCUUUUUCUUUUGUUUCUUUUCUUUUUUUUUUUUGCAAAGAUGUUAUACUGUACCUUAUUUUUUUUUAAGUCAUUAAUUUUAAUUGCUAAUCACUCAACCCGUAAGUACCUUAACUGUUCAGGGCAGAAAUUUCGUAUCGCAGCAAGCAAGACAGUUGUGAAAUAAAUCAUAUAUGACAUGUUGUUUGGUUGUUUUUUUUUGUGAGUCCUUUUUCUUUUGUUUCUUUUCUUUUUUUUUUUUGCAAAGAUGUUAUACUGUACCUUAUUUUUUUUUAAGUCAUUAAUUUCAAUAGCUAAUCACUCAACCCGUAAGUACCUUAACUGUGCAGGGCAGAAAUUUCGUAUCGCAGCAAGCUCCACGCUUUGCAGGUGAAAACAGACCCAAAACAAUGUUAUAAGAAAUAGAAUGAUAUAUUCUUUUAAAAUUUCAUUGAAUACUGUGUUGAGUACGUUUAAAGACGUUAACCUAUGUUGGCUUUACCUUGUGAUUUUGCGACUGAUCACGUUUCAGACAUGAUGUGUGCAUUUAAAAAAAAAAAAAAGAUUUCUCAACGGAUUUGAGAAAUAUAACUUAAACAUAUGAACUCAUAAUUAUAUACUGGACGUUUGAACAGUUGGCCUCGUUGGAUCACCAGAAAGAGCAAGCCCUGGACGCCAUGGACAUCAACAAGCGCACGUUCAUCAGGCAGCAGGAGAGGAAACGCCGGAAAUGGAUGAGGGAAGACCAGACGCGUCUGUCUGGCUUAAACCUCCCGACCCUACCCCCAUCUGUAGUGGAGAGAAGGCCAAGUGUGCAAGUCAUCUGCCAGUGUAGACUAGAGAAGGUACGCUUUACCAUCAAAGGUGUAGAUUAGAAAAGGUAGGUUUUACAAUCAAAGGUUUAGAUUAAAUUGUAUUUUAGCAUGCUUACAGCACUCUGGUGUCCUAAAAUCUAUUUAAAGAAAAAAGUCUUUAAAUGUUUCUUAAAUGACUUUUCAUUUAUCAUGUUCAACAAUUUUUAUUUUUUUCCCCUCAAAAUUGAGCCAGACUGUUCGCCAAUUUAGGCUUCAUAGGUGCGCACUCCGUAUGACUUCAUUCUUAGUUCAACAUUAGUUCGGAGUUAAGGUUACGAACUGUUGAGUAAGAUAAACGCAUGUGUAUUAAGAUACUGGCGUCUCUUCAAGUUUUUGCCCCAAAGGGCUACACAUCAAUGUAUGGCACUACGUGUGACCAAAUUGACGGUAACUGCAAUUUAAUUGACUCGUUUCCUCUGACAGGACUCAACGAGUGCCAGCCCCAGACGCCAGCCCAUCCUCCCGAUGAUGAAGAUACACAAGGAGCGGACUGAAAUCGUCCUGCACCGCAAUCGGACGUUUCUCACGCGACUCCCCUCGUCCGUUGAGAUCGACCUCGACGCACAGCAGCUCUUCGACGCCUACAGGGGCGCCUCGUUUCUCGUGCGGGGGCUCCCGUGCAAGGACGAUCGGUUCCUGGGACUUCACACGCUGCUGCAGCAACGCCCACGGAAGACAAAGGACAAACUCUGGGGGAAUACUUUAUUUUAG